AUGAAUACGAAUCGUUUCAGUCAUGCCAUCAAACGGACACCCAAUCACUCGUCGUCGGUGUCGGCGCUGGUGUGGAACCGCUUGUGUCACAGCAAUCACACCAUCGAUGGCCCGAACAGUGAUAAAGACAUUGAGAGGAUAUUUUUGAGACCACGAGUGCAGACAUUAUUGAAGCGAUUGAUUGGUUUCGACGACCAGAAGGUGUUUGCGGCCAAACCUCGGCUCACAUCCCACGCCAACGAAGUCCGCUUUAUGACCGAUAAUGAACUCAAUUUGAGGCUGGAAAUGUCCCGCAAGAAGGCCGCGGAGAAGAUAGCGAUGCCGCCGGUGUUGGCCCCUAAAGAGGACAAUCCAAGAGUGCUGUCCUUUGAUCCCGAAAUCCAAGGAUAUAUUGACAGUAAAUUU